UCAGAAACUGAUAUUUACCUGGACGACUUCAGAUUUUACAAAAUGAUUCUCAUUAUAACUGUUGGCACAGCAGCAUCAGUGUUUCUCAUGUAUCUUCUGACAAGGAUAUAUUCAUGUUGGAACAAUAAAACAUCAAUUUCAUUCAGGGAUAUUCACAAAGCUGUGACACUGUCGAAUUCUGGGAUGUUUCUAUUGCUACCGUCACUCAUUUGGGAUAUCAAUGUACAUGAACUACAUAUGCUUUUUAUUUCCCUGUAUAUCACCCUAUCCCAGUUAUUGGCGCAUAAUGCUUUGUGCAGUUGCCAGAAGAAGUGGAGUUUGUUCAUUAUAUUUUCAGCUUAUUUAUUCAAAACUUAUAUAAUAGAUUUAUUAAGUAAACAUCCAUUACAAUUUCCUGUCAAAAUAUCCUGAAAUUGUCAAAUAUGAUUCAUGUUUCAAUAUAUUUUUUAUAGGAAUAGACAUUUUUUAUUGGAGGUUUAUUAAUGAGUACAGAGAAAAGGUUAUCCUUGAGAAAUGGUAAUUGGGUAUGGAGUGAAUUGCGAGAUGGUCUAUUAUUUUUACCUCGUGAUAUCAAAGAAUUUUCUCAAAAAAUGUACUCUGUUGGUGGUGCUAGUACAUCUAUAUGUUCGAAUUCACCAAAUUAUAAAGAUGCCGUUUUCAAGGAUACAUUCGGAAGUCAAUCCCAAACGAUGUUUCGUAAACAUUAUCAAAGGAAAGUGAAACUGUACGAAGACGAUGUAGUGAUUCUACAAGAUAUUAAGGACGUUGCGAUAUUCACUUGCAAUCUGAAUAUUUUGACGUUGGAGUUCAUCAGUUAUUUCCACACCAAAGCCAUGGAUGUAUUAUUGCGAUCUCUGAUUAUCUACUUCCAAUAUUAUUGCCAGGUAUGGAACAAAAUGCAACAACGUAGGAUAGAAGCGAGCAGAAAACUGAGACAACCGAUCGUAACAGUCCUGGAAGACGUAAUCAGAGACGAUUUAGCGGAUUUGCGCAGCAUGGUGGCCAGAGAUUACGCCAUGAUUCUGAUGGGCAAGGGGGAUUCACAGCCGUUCCACCACAUGAGCAACAAAAAUAACAUUUCCAUGUCCGACAAGGACCGGAAACACUUCGAGAUGUUCAUUUUGAUGGCACAAAGAGUGGUGUGGAUCGCUUUGGGGAGGAAAUAUAUGACUCUCAUAGAAAAAGAAUUGAAUAGGCUUUUAAGGACUGACACAUUCAACCCAAUUGAACAUGGUUUUCCGAAAUCGGCAAUGUACAAAGCUACACCGGAAGAAAUGAGGAUUCUCAAAGGCAAAGCUUGUAAACAUGAACGAAAACUACUACACAGAUCUCCCGCUAUUCAGGAAAUCAUUCUGAAUGAUCAUGACUACAGGAUGCUCGCGAUAGGUGUUACGGACACUGGCUUCAAUGAUGAAAGACAAAUAUACUUGGAAGCUGCCUAUAUUGCUCCCGAAGAAAUGCUUGAAGAACUCGGAAUUGGGAUUGGAAUUUUAGGGGUGCCCCGUAAAUAUCUGGAUACCGAACUGAAGCCAAAAGAAAUAUCGACCACCCAAAGACGCGUCUCAAUCAUGAAACCCAUUCCUGAAUUCGUGAUACCUCCCAGAAAAGGAUAUGGUGACUCCAUGAUUACGGAGACCCUCCCAAAAGCCCGUUGCAGGUACCAUGAAUCGGAAGCAUCGAAAACUGCACGCAAGAAACAAUGCAAACUGUGGAGGGAAUACGUAACGAGGGUGGGUCAACCUCCACCGGUUUAUGCAGACACUUUAUCUUGCCCCUCGCAUGUCACCCUGCGAACCUCAAUCGCCCCAGCGUACAGUAAAUAUGGCUAACUAGAUUA